UCACUGGCUGCCUUCAGAAGAGUCCACUUCUCAGUGACUCCCACUGGGAACUGGAUGCAGUAGGGGGUAGCUGGCCAAUAUGAUUCUGCUUGCUGUGCUUUUUCUCUGCUUCAUUUCCUCAUAUUCAGCUUCUGUUAAAGGUCACACAACUGGUCUCUCAUUAAAUAAUGACCAGCUGUACAGGCUCACAUACGCCAGUGAAGUCUUUGUUGAUCGAAGCAAAGGAAAACUCCAAGACAGUGUGGGCUUCCGAAUUUCAUCCAAUGUGAAUGUUGUCUUACUGUGGAGGAAUCCUGAUGGAGAUGAUGACCAAUUGAUCCAAAUCACGAUAACAGAUGUAAACGUGCAAAAUGUGAAUCCACAAAGAGGAGAGAAGAGCAUAUUCAAAGGAAAAAGUGCCCCUAAGGUCAUAGGAAAGGAAAACUUGGAAGCUCUACAAAGACCUAUGCUCCUUCAUCUCAUCCAUGGAAAGGUCAAAGAGUUCUACUCAUAUCAAAAUGAGCCAGUGGCUAUUCAAAAUCUGAAAAGAGGAUUGGCUAGCCUAUUUCAGAUGCAAUUAAGUUCUGGAACCAGCAAUGAGGUAGAUAUCUCUGGGAACUGUAAAGUGACUUACCAGGCUAGUCAAGACAGUGUGAUCAAAAUUAAGGCUUUGGAUUCAUGUAAAAUAGCAAGAUCUGGAUUUUCAACUCCCAAUCAGGUGUUGGGUGUCAGUUCGAAAGCCACAUCUGUCACUACGUAUAAGAUAGAAGACAGCUUCGUUACAGCUGUGCUUGCAGAAGAGACACAUGCUUUUCGACUGAAUUUCCUACAAACAAUUACAGGGAAAAUAGUGUCAAAGCAGAAAUUAGAGCUGAAGACCACUGAAGCAGGCCCAAGACUGAGGCCUGGCAAGAAGGUUGAGGCUGUAAUUAAAGCUGUUGAUUCGAAGUAUACAGCCAUUCCCAUUGUGGGUCAGGUCUUCCAGAGCGAGUGUAAAGGAUGCCUUUCUCUCUCAGAGCACUGGCAGUCCAUCAGGAGCCACCUGCAGCCCGACAGCCUCUCCAAAGCCGAGUCUGUCAGUCACUUCCUGGCCUUCAUUCAGCACCUCAGGACUGCGAAGAAAGAAGAGAUCCUCCAAAUCCUAAAGGCCGAAAAGAAGGAAGUAUUACCUCAGCUGGUAGAUGCUGUGACCUCUGCCCAGACCCCAGACUCAUUGGACGCCAUUUUGGACUUUCUGGAUUUCAAAAGUGACAGCAGCAUUAUCCUCCAGGAGAGGUUUCUUUAUGCCUGUGGAUUUGCCUCCCAUCCCAAUGAAGAACUCCUGAGAACCCUCAUUAGGACGUUCAAAGGUUCCUUUGGGAGCAAUGACAUCAGAGAAACUGUUAUGAUCAUCAUUGGAGCCCUCGUCAGGAAACUGUGUCAGAAUGAAGGCUGCAAACUCCAAGCAGUAGUUGAAGCCAAGAAGUUAAUCCUGGGAGGACUGGAAAAAGCAGAGAAGAAAGAGGACACCAUGAUGUACCUGCUGGCCCUGAAGAAUGCCCUGCUUCCAGAAGGCAUCCCACUCCUGCUGAAGUAUGCAGAGGCAGGGGAAGGGCCCAUCAGCCACCUGGCGACCACCACCCUGCAGAGAUAUGAUGUCCCUUUCAUAACUGAUGAGGUGAAGAAGACCUUGAACAGGAUCUACCACCAGAACCGUAGAGUCCAUGAAAAGACUGUGCGCACCACGGCAGCUGCUGUCAUCUUAAAGAACAAUCCCUCCUACAUGGAAGUAAAAAACAUCCUGCUUUCCAUCGGGGAGCUUCCCAAGGAAAUGAAUAAAUACAUGCUUGCUGUUAUUCAAGACAUCCUGCAUUUUGAAAUGCCUGCAAGCAAAAUGGUCCGCCGUGUUCUGAAGGAAAUGGUCGCACACAAUUAUGACCGCUUCUCCGAGAGUGGCUCUUCGUCUGCCUAUACUGGCUACAUAGAACGUGGUCCCCACUCGGCAUCUACUUACAGCCUUGACAUUCUGUACUCGGGUUCUGGCAUCCUAAGGAGAAGUAACCUGAAUAUUUUUCAGUACAUUGGGAAGGCUGAUCUUCAUGGUAGCCAGGUGGUCAUUGAAGCCCAGGGGCUGGAGGCCUUAAUUGCAGCCACUCCUGAUGAGGGGGAGGAAAACCUUGACUCCUAUGCUGGCAUGUCAGCCAUCCUCUUUGAUAUUCAGCUCAGACCUGUCACUUUUUUCAAUGGAUACAGUGAUUUGAUGUCCAAAGUGUUGUCAGCAUCUGGUGACCCUGUCAGUGUGGUGAAGGGGCUGAUUCUGCUAAUAGAUCAUUCACAGGAGCUUCAGUUGCAAUCCGGACUAAAGGCCAAUAUAGAGGUUCAGGGUGGUCUAGCUAUCGAUAUUUCAGGUGCAAUGGAAUUUAGUCUGUGGUAUCGUGAGUCUAAAACUCGAGUGAAAAACCGGGUGGCUGUGGUAAUAACUGGGGACAUCACAGUGGACUCCUCAUUUGUGAAAGCCGGCCUGGAGAUGAGCACAGAAACAGAGGCAGGCCUGGAGUUUAUCUCCACAGUGCAGUUUUCUCAGUACCCAUUCUUGGUUUGCAUGCAGAUGGACAAGUAUGAAGCUCCCUUCAGGCGAUUCGAGACAAAGUAUGAAAGGCUGGCCACUGGCAGAGGUUACGUCUCCCGGAAAAGAAAAGAGAGUGUGCUGGCCGGAUGCGAAUUCCCGCUCCAUCAGGAGAACUCCGACAUGUGCAAGGCGGUGUUUGCUCCUGAGCCGGAGACUACUUCUGGAGGAUGGUUUUGAAGCUGCCCAGUGAUGUUUCACUUGAAUUUGUUUCCCCAGAAGGGAUACGACGUGACAUGCCUGCGUCCUUGCUCUCUGAGAGCACAGUGUUUACAUGUUUACUUGUAUUUAAGAGUUUUGUAAAAAGCUAUCAGAUGCUUCGAUUGAUCCAAUUUCAGUCCAUUCAGCGUACCACCCACAGUGUCACUGUCCAUCAUCAUGGGACACUUUGAGCAAUGUUCUUAGCUUUCUGGUACCUCUCUCAAAUCCCACUUGGCACAGUGAGACUGGUUCUGUUCUAAGAGGAAACUGGCAUUUGUUAAAAACAGAAAUUAAAUCCCAGACACUCAGGAGAACUCAAUUUUGUUCUGUAAUUCUCAAUCAUAUGUAUAUGAAACCCUUGACAAAACCUUAAGCAUGGCCUCCUUUCUACCAAAUGUGUUGCCUAAUCAGGGAAAAAAAGAAGCCGUUGUUUUCUCCUCCUUCUCCCCCUCCUUCUUUUCAAGGGUAGGGGGAGAGAGAAGGGACAAGACUUCCACAAGACGUUUGGUAGGGAGUUCAGAAAUUACUAUCUGUGUCUCCUGUUACUCUUAGUUUACUGUUAGCAUUAAGGUAAAAGACACCCCACCCCUCGCCCUGCCUCUGACCGCAAUGAAGUUGCCCUCUACCUCCAUCCUGCAACAACAUUGGACUUAGCACUUGGGAAUAAGAAACACUGAUUUCAGAAACUCCAUUUGAUACCUCCUAUACUAUGACUUGUUGAGAUUGUAAUACGGUGCACUGUCCUUUAUCAAAAUAGGGUGUAUUCUUUUAUCCAGGGCUUUGUCUCUGCUGUUUUAUGCUGGAAACUUUGGUCUGUUUGACCACAAUCUGCACGAUAUCCACAAUGAGUCAGAGAAUAUUGCUUCCACAAAUUGGUGGGUUUGGAUUUCUAAAAUGUGAAUUCAAGAGAAGAAUGUCUCUAUUUGCAUGAAUUAAAAGAGCCACAAUGAACAUUUUCAGAUAUUUAUUAAUAAAACAGGUGCAUUUAUUGUGAUAAAUCUCAAAUAACAGGUGCCCAUUUGACCAUUAAACACAGACAUGAAACGAAGGUUUUACUAGUUCAGCUAUAGUUUGUAAAUUGAAAAAUGAAGUGUGAUGAAAUUAAAAUGUGGAAAUCUUCCUGGA